AUGGAUAGUAUCACGAGCAACAAUGCCCUCGAGGCAGCAAUGAAGUCCUUGAAAAAGCGGGACUCCAAGCCAAUGAAACUGAAGAAAUUGGCCAAACUUGUUGCCGAAGAAUUGGGAGACAAAGAAGCCCACAAGAAAGUCAAAAAAUGGAUCAAGAAAAGUGAAGAGUUCCAGAUCGACGGGAAAGAAGUCAAGUUGUCGAAGAAGAGAAGUGCUUCCCCAACACCCCAGCCAUCGAAGAAGGCCAAGCUCUCUACUUCUUCCGCCCCCAGCUCCGAUAUCGAGGAGUGGCGAAAGACCAACAAGAUUGUGUUGAAGGAUGCUAGAGACGGCGAAGAAGGAAAGAAGGAGACCGACGCCAUUAACAAGGACACCUUGUACCACCCAUUCAUGUCUUUCGAAGAUCCUGUGUGCAAGGAAGUCAUUGCAGAACCUCUUCUUCGUCAGUGCACGGAUGUGAACAAAUUCACCACACCUUCUCCCAUUCAAGCGCAGUCGUGGCCAAUCCUCAUGUCCAAGAAGAAUGGUCGAAAGAGAGAUGUUGUUGGUAUUGCAGAGACUGGAAGUGGAAAAACUCUCGCAUUUGCCAUUCCCGCUUUGUCGUCGAUGAUUGACUCUACUAUUUCGAAGCAGACUAGACGCUCGCCACGAAUGCUUGUUUUGGCACCAACCCGUGAACUUGCAAUGCAAUCUGAUGUCGUGCUUCAAGAGUUUGGUACUGUCAGUGGUCUCCGAUCGAUUGUCUUGUAUGGUGGGGUUCCCAAGUACACACAGGUUUCGGAACUGAAGAAGCGAAACGUUGAUUGCAUUGUUGCAACUCCAGGUCGACUAAAGGAUUUGAUCAACGAAGGAAAUUGUGACUUGAGCAAGGUUCAGUACUUGGUCUUGGAUGAAGCUGAUCGUAUGCUGGACAUGGGUUUCGAGGAGGAUGUCAAGUUCAUCAUCUCAAAUUGCAUGCCCAAAGAAGAUGGCCGGCAAACAGCAAUGUUUUCCGCGACCUGGCCUGCUGCUAUCCAGGAAAUUGCUAUCAACUACAUGGUUGAUCCUAUCCGCCUCUAUGUCGGUUUCGAAGCUAUUGUUGGAUCCAAUGGUGAAAAUAGUAUUGACGAUUCCUUGUCUGCAAACAAGCGUGUGAUUCAGAAUGUUGAGGUUAUUGACGAUCGGGCUCGUGAAAAACGUCUUGGACAACUUUUGCAAAAAUACAAAGGAAAAGGGCGCACCUUGAUAUUUGCAUUGUACAAGAAAGAGGCAGAGAGACUGGAGUAUUCUUUGCGUCGUGAUGGAUUUAACGUGUGUUCCAUUCAUGGGAACAAACACCAAGAGGCUCGUACGAAAGCGCUUGCAGAGUUUAAAGAUGGCUCUUGUCCACUUUUGGUGGCAACUGACGUUGCCGCACGUGGAUUGGAUGUCCCGAAUGUGGAAUAUGUUAUCAACUACACCUUCCCCCUGACGAUUGAGGAUUAUGUCCACCGAAUUGGCCGAACUGGACGUGCCGGAAAGACAGGAAUCAGUCACACCUUUUUCCAACCUGGAGACAAGUCGCAUGCUGGUGAACUUCAACAAGUCAUGAAGCAAGCUGGACAGGCCCCACCAGAGGAUUUGAUGAAGUUUGGCAGUACCAUUAAGAAGAAGGAACACAACUUGUAUGGAAGCUUUGGUCCAAGGGGAGGACCAAUGAAGAAGGCAACAAAGAUCGUUUUCGAUUAA